AUGGUGGUGACGCUACGGCAGGAAUUGGCAUGCGUUGGGAAGGUAGGCAGCCCUCUUCACUACUUUCGUGCAUCACUAUUGAUAGUACUAGGGAUGGGAUAAUCUGUCCAUUUGCAAUGUGAAGCCAAUGUGGUGUAGUGGCUUGAGUGCUGGCCUAGGACCUGGAAGACUAGGGUUCAGAUUUAUCCACUUGGCCAUGGAGGUCUCUGAGUGACCUUGGGCCAGCCACUCACUCUCAGCGUAACGUAACUCACAGGGUUGUUGCAGUGAAGAUAAAAUGGGGAGAAGGAGAACCAUGUACACCACAUUGAGCUUCUUGGAGGAAAGGUGGGAUGUAAAUGUAAUAAAGAAAUAAAGCUCAGUUCUCUCCGUUUCUCAUUUCUUCCUAUCUUAAAUUCAGUUUUCCACUUUUUGCAACAAUUUGUGAGUUUUUGCUUUAAAUCCUCAUGAAAAUAUGUUACUGCUUUAGUACAGAUCUCUCUAAAUGUUUUGUGUUCAGUUUUGACUAUAGUUUUAUGCAAGAAAUUCCCCCUUAUGUGCGUUUUCAUUUUAUUUUCCACUUAUGUGACACAUUUUUCUAAUACAUACAUAUUGAUGCACAUUGGCAAGUGUUACCCACCAGAUGGCAAGUGUUACCCAUCAGAUCAUCUUCUCUGUUCAGGAAAUGGAGCUGUGUUUCUUGGAGCCUGGGAAGCUAUUUCUGACCAAGCUGUCAGAAUCCGAUCGCACCAUUGAGUCCCUUUUCCAAGUUUCCGCUGAGAACCUCCACUUGGAGACUUACACCAUGAAGGUGAGGGAAUGCCUCGCAACUCAAACAGGGUUUGAAGGCUGCCUGCCACCUUUUCUUGCCCCUCUGGCUGAUACUUCUGGUGACCCUAGAUCCUCACUGCUUAGCAACAGGGAUGAAGGGCCUGGCAGUCACUGUGGGUAGCAGAAUAAGGCAUGCUGGAGAUAGGAAGAUAGGAAGCUGACAUACAGGUGAAACUCGGAAAAUUAGAAUAUCAUGGAAAAUCAACACAGACUGUGGAAACUUCACACUGGACUUCAAGCAUCUGGCAUUGUGUUCCUCCCCAUUCUUCCUCCAGACUCUGGGUCCUUGGUUUCCAAAUGAGAUCCAAAAGCUGCUCUCAUCAGAAAAGAGAUUUGGGGAGCCAUGUCAUCAGCUGGUGUUGGUCCACUGUGCUUCAUUAAGUCCAGGGUCAACGCAGCCGUCUACCAGGAGAUUUUGGAGCACUUCAUGCUUCCUUCCGCAGACGAGCUUUAUGGGGAUGCUGACUUCAUUUUCCAGAAGGACUUGGCACCUGCCCACACUGCCAAAAGUACCAAAACCUGGUUCAAUGCCCAUGGGAUUACUGUGCUUGAUUGGCCAGCAAACUCGCCUGACCUGAACCCCAUAGAGAAUCUGUGGGGCAUUGCCAAGAGAAAGAUGAGAGACAUGAGACCGAGGAAUGCGAAAGAGUUGAACGCUGCUAUUGAAGCAUCCUGGUCUUCCAUAACACCUCAGCAGUGCCACAGGCUGAUUGCAUCCAUGCCACGCUGCAUUGAGGCAGUAAUUGAUGCAAAAGGGGCCCAAACCAAGUACUGAGUACAUAUGCAUGCUUCUACUUCUCAGAGGUCCAAUAUUGCUCUAUUUGCAGUCCUUGUUUUGCUGAUUUCAUUUAAUAUUCUAAUUUUCUGAGAUUAUUACUUUGGGGCUUUCACCAGCUGUACACCAUGAUCAUCACAAUUAUAACAAAUAUAGGCUUGACAUAUCUCGCUUUGUAUAUCAUGAGUCUGUCUCAUAUAUUAGUUUCACCUUUUAAGUUGAAUUACUGAAAUAAAUGAACUUUUCCAUGAUAUUCUAAUUUUCCGAGUUUCACCUGUACUGCGUCAUCCCAUUGACUCAUUUAGCUCAGUAUUGUCUACACUGGCUGGCAGCGGCUUUCCACGGUUUCAAGUUGGAAGUCUCUCCCAAACUUACCUGGAGAUCCCAGGGCUUGAACCUAGGAACAUGGAGAACUUCUUUAUACUGAAUCAGAACUAUGUGUCUUUCUACCUCAGUAUUGUCUACACUGACUGGCAGCAGCUCUCCAGAAAGUCAGGCAAGGGAUAUUCCCAGCCGUACCUGGAGAUGCCAGGGAUCAAACCUGGAGCCUUCCGCAUGCAAAACAGAUGGGCUGCCGCUCAGCUCCAGUGCUUUCCAGGAACACAGAAAGCUGCCUUAUACAGAGUCAGACCAUUGGUCCAUUUAGCUCAGUAUUGUCUACACUGACUGACAGCAGCUUUCCAAGGUUUCAAGCAGGGGCAUUACCAGCCCUACCUGGAGAUGCCAGCAAUUGACCCUGGGACCUCCUGCAUGCAAAGCAGAUGCUCUACUAAGCUACAGCCCUUCCCUCCAAAGGCUGUGACACAUGGGUGUAGCCAGGGUGGGCAGAGGGGCAGCUGGCACCCUAAAUCAAUACAAAUCAGUACAAAUAUGAGGUUCUUCCCCCCCAACAAAAGCCUGCCUCCCCAACAAAAAUCCUGGCUACGCCCAUGGCAGUGAACAGAACAGUGGGAUGGGUUGAAAGGAUCUGGCAUGCCAACAAAGAUCAUAGAACAGACUUCAUCUGGACUUCCAGUGAGGCAUCAUGGCAGAUGCCAUGGCAGCGAGCAGCUCCUGAAGCCAGCCAGAACCAAUUGGGCUACCUGGCUGGCUCCCGGACCACUGGGACUGCUGCUGCUGCCGCCACAAAUGACAGGGAACCAGUGGUGCCCAGUGUGCCAACUGAGGGAGGUGCCAACCCCUCCCCCCAGGCCAAGCCGGGAAUGAAAGCGAGGACACCCAGCCACCCGGCCGACUGCCCAGCGACGAUCUGGGACCAAGAAGAUCCCGAAGCCGGCACAGGGGAGAAGAGGAGAGAGGAGAGAGAAAAAGACACGGAGCCCCGACCUUGCUGCUGCUAACGCCAAUGCUGCCGCUGAGAAGGGAAAAGAGGAGAGGUAGGAAAGAGCACCGGGAGGGCAAGGGAAGCCGUGAAAAGACACGCGGCUGAGCCUGGCAUGAGCCUACCCCCCCCCAACUGUGGCUAGCACGUCAAAAGCAGGCAGAGGAAGCAAGAGGAAGGCUGCGCAAACCCCUGUUGCUGCCGCCGUGCCAAGGAAAAGGAGGAGAGGGACACCCUGCCAUCCAGGGCUCUGGGGCCGGAGGGACCCAGGAACAAGCAUGGAGGGGGAAAGGGGAAGCCCUGACCCUGCUGCCGUCACCAUUGCGCUGCCACCGCCGAGGGAAAGGAGGAGAGGUAAACACGUGGCUGAACCCAAGCUCAGCCCGAGCCCACUUCCAUGAUGGCGAGUGUGCUAAAUGCAAGCCGGAGGCCAAAGAGAAGCCCACUGUAAUAGACCUCGCUUCCUUCUAUUUUCAAUUUUUAAGAAAAGAAGGAGGAGGAGGAGGAAGGAACUUUUUUGUAUAUAUACGUACGUGUGUGUGUGUGUGUGUGUGUGUGUGUGUAUAGUUGAAUGGUCUCUUUAAAUUUGAAGGUUCAUUAUCAUUCCACAAGAUGUGUAAUUCUUUAAGGGCCAGAGCAAAUAACAUGACCUAGUUUUACAGCUGUGAAGCAGUAUAGCAGGUGCUGUUAAGUUGUGUUAAUUAAGCUGUGUCAGCAAUUGGGUAUAAUAUAUAAAGAGCAGCACCUAGCUCUCUCAGUACUCUGGUGGUUAGGUCAUGCUUGUUGAUAUACUUAGUGUAAAAUGAGUUUUUGUUUUUGUUAUUAAAACCUAGCUAAAGUUAUUUUGAGUUCCUUGUAAUGUGUGGUCUCCCCAACAAGCUCUCUGCAGCGCAACUAAUCUGCAAUUAACCAACAUCUUUGGUUAUGGGCACAGCUGCUGAGUGGAUGACUGCACAUUUUGGACUUUGAGAAAGGUUUGAAAACUCCUUCUCCUGUUGGCGUGGUACUGUGGGUCUGGAAGAGUUCCAGAAUGGUUGACUGGGUUCCAGAAGCCGAGAAGGCUCUGAUGUUCCCACAGCUGACAGAUGAGAACUAUAGUUUAUGGUCAUUUCGGGUGGAGGCUCUUUUGACCUCUCGGGAAAUGUGGACCUAUGUAACUGAUGACCCUCCUGACCCUGUGACUAAUGCUUGGUCAAAAGGAGAUGCAAAAGUCAGGGCUAUAAUUAAUUUGGCAGUCAGUGACCAGCAAGUAGUCUAUAUGAGGAAUAAGAAAACUGCCAAAGAAAUGUGGGACAGUCUUGCAGCAGUACAUAUUAGAAAAGAGUCCCUUAAUGAGGACUUUGAUGGUGUAGCUAGCCAGAUAUUUGCCGUUCCACCAGCACAAUUAACUGUGGAAGGGGUAACGGCAAGAUUAAUGGGCGAGUUGGACAGAAGGGAGGUUUGCGCGACAAGCACUCCUAUUUCCAGAAAUAAUGAGGAACGCCAUAUGCAAACUUGUGGUGAUACGACUGCAUUUAAAGCUGCCAAGUGUUGUUGGUUCUGCAAUAAACAAGGACAUUUUGCAAAGGACUGCAGAUCCAAAAGAAAGCAAAGUACUCCCAGGUCUGUUUCUGUUUGUCAAUCAUGGUUGUCAGCCCAGCAGCCGACAUCAUAUCGUAAAGACAGAAAAGAGCCGUGAGCUUUUCACGCUCUGACAAAAGAUCGUAAAAGAAUUAAAGGUGCCAAGUAGAAUUAUUUUAUUGUGGAUUCUGGAGCAUCCCAGCAUAUUUGCAAUGAUCGAAGCUUGUUUAUUUCUUUUGAAGAGGAAAUUGGUAAUGUACAUUUAGCCAAUUCACAAGUCUUGCAGUCGCUUGGCAGGGGUACCUACAGGACCGCCUCUCCUGGUAUGUCCCACAGAGGAACUUACGGUCUUCAAAUGAAAACUUUCUGAAGGUCCCAGUGUGGGAGCCAGUGUGGCGUAGUGGUUAAGAGCGGUGGAUUUGUAGUCUGGUGAACCGGGUUCGUGCCUCCGCUCCUCCACAUGCAGCUGCUGGGUGACCUUGGGCUAGUCACACUUCUUUGAAGUCUCUCAGCCCCACUCACCUCACAGAGUGUUUGUUGUGGGGGAGGAAGGGAAAGGAGAAUGUUAGCCGCUUUGAGACUCCUUCAGGUAGUGAUAAAGCGGGAUAUCAAAUCCAAACUCUUCUUCCCAGGCCACAGAGAGGUUAGGCUGGCCUCAACUAGAGCCAGGGCUUUUUCGGCUGUGGCUCCAAUCUGGUGGAACGCUCUGUCACAAGAGACUAGGGCCCUGCGGGACUUGACAUCUUUCCGCAGGGCCUGCAAGAUGGAGCUGUUCCACCAGGCCUUUGGUCAGGGCACAGCCUGACUCCCUCCUUUGCCAAUCUUCACAGAACUUUAGCCUAAUGGUUGCCAUCAAUUUGAGUUGAAUUAAUUUUAUAAUAAAAUGAUUUUAGAAUGUUGUACUAUUUUAUUGUUAGCCGCCUUGAGCCUGGCUUUAGCUGGGGAGGGCGGGAUAUAAAUUAAAAUUAUUAUUAUUAUUAUUAUUAUUAUUAUUAUUAUUACCGUUAAACUUGACUCUUUAAACAUUACGAUAGCAAACUGCAUUUACUGCCCGUCAGUAGAUAAUUUAUUGUCAGUAAGGUGCUUUGCUCCUCAAGGCAUAACCGUGCGUUUCUUAAAGUCAAUGUGUGAGUUUUUCGAUGGGAACAAACGUCUAUUGGAUGCCCGGGACUCUGAUGGUUUAUAUAGACUGUAUUUUCGCAGCUACUCACAAUCACCUAUAAAUUGAAGAGCAGCACAGUCAAGCCAGGGGUUGAGGAAUGUAAGGCCACAUUCUGGAUGUGUCCAUGAAGCACACAGACUUUUAGGACAUCUGAAUUUUUCUGAUGUAAUUAAGACAAAGAAUAUUGUUAAUAGCCUCAACUUAAAAACAUGUAAAUUCUUUAUGCAAUGUCUAUCCUGUUGCAAGAAUAAGAUUAAGGUUGCACGCAAGGGUAGGUGCUCAGAUAGGAAAGUAACUGAGCCAUUUGAGCGUGUACAUUGUGAUUUAGUUGGGCCACUCCCAUCAUCAUUAGGAGGUUCUAAGUACUGGCUUACCCUGAUAGACCAGUAUAGUAGAUAUUGCUGGACUUAUGCAAUAGCUGAAAAGUCUCAAGCAUUUGAGAAGUACAAAGUUUUUUGCAGCUGAGUAAAAACGCAUUUUAACAAACCUAUUAAGAACCUGUUUUCUGACUGGGGCGGGGAAUUUGUUUCUGAGUAUUUUGAGAAUUUCCUGGAAGAGCAGGGGACUACUCAUGAUUAAAUUGCCCCCGAAGUCCUUGGCAAAAUGGGCUUGUUGAAGUUGUGCAGCGUGACUUGCAGGCGGGGAUUAAAAUUUAUCUGCACAAUGCUAAUCUGCCAAAGUUUUUUGGGCUGAAGCACUCAAUGCUUUUUGCUAUGUUAAGAAUCGUAGUUAUCAUUCUGGUUUAGAUGUCACCCCCUAUGAGACGUUGUUUUAAAAAUGCCCUAAUCUGAAAUACCUACGCAUUUGGGUUUCAGAUGUAAUUAUGCAUUAUCCUGCUAAGCAGAAAUUGGGUGAGCGUAGUGUUCAGGGGAAAUUAAUGGGCUACCAGCGGGGGGUGUACAGAAUUUACGUACCAGCAACUGGCAAAUUUCAUAUUACCAGAAGCAUGAUACAAACUGUAAAUUGGAAUGGAGUUGCUGUUUUCCAAGAUACUAACGGUAUAGAUAAUACUGAGGAAGAAGCAGCAGCAGGGAAUAAUAGUGAUUCUGAAUUAAUGGAAGAAGAUGAAAAGCCUGUUGAAUCUGGUAAUUUGUUUGAUGAUUUAAAGUUACAGGCACCCGAGGGCAGGUUAGAUUCUCUUGAGUUUUCUGACCGUGAGCUUAGCCUACGGGCAUCUCUUCAGUCUGACAAUAAUGAUUUACAACCUGAAACUAGUAGUUUACUGAGUCCCAUUAAGUCUGAGGAGUCUGACUCUCCUUCCAGACUGAGACGUUCAGAUAGAAAGAGACAGAAGCCACAACGUUUUGCAGAUGAACAUUUUAAUACUGUGUAUGCCAAUAAGGUGGUUUUUGAGCCAAAAAGCUACAAUGAUGUUCGGAAUUUACCUAAGCACCAAGCUGCAAAUUGGUAUGAACUAUGA